AUGGCUCUUCUUACCGAGCUUCUGGCCACACCCUACCUGGUCCAGGGUCUAUGCGUCGCUGUUAUCCUACUCUUUGUCUCCAGCUUCUGGCAGGAUCUGUCCGAUGAGAUCCCAUAUGGUCGGGUGCCUUUAGUUGGCAAGGAAUGGCGGGAUCUGUCGAACAAAAAAGCAAAGACACGAUUCGCGGGGGCUGCAAGAGCAUUGAUCGAAGAGGGAUUCGCCAAGAGCACCGGCAUUUUCCAAGUCAUGGCUACGACCAGACCUCUAAUUGUCUUGCAUCCUAAAUAUGUCGAUGAGAUCAAGAGUCAUCCCCACUUGAGUUUUGAACUUGCCACGAAGAAGAACUUUUUCGAGGAUCGAAUUGCCGGAUUCGAGGCAUUUCACCCCGCUGGUGCUUCGAGUGUAAUCUUGGACACGGUGCGAAUCAAGCUAACCCAAGCACUCGGUAUGUCAAACACUGCAUCUUCCGAGGUAGAUCCCUAA